UCCACGCGCCCCGAAGGCCGUAGAUCACAUCACACAGCACACAGCACGAAGAAGAAUUCCAGUCAGCUGAACUGAACAAGUAGCUCCUCCUAGACCUCCCUCAUCACCGACCGAUCGCCAUGGCGCGGGCGGAGCGCGAGUGCAUGCGCGUGGUCAUGUUCCCGUGGCUGGCGCACGGCCACAUCAACCCGUACCUCGAGCUGGCCAAGCGCCUCGUCGCCGCCAGCCCCGACGACCACCACCUCGACGUCGUCGUGCACCUCGUCUCCACCCCGGCCAACCUGGCGCCCCUCGCGCACCACCAGACGGACAGGGUCAGGCUCGUCGAGCUCCACCUCCCGGCGCUCCCCGGCCUCCCGCCCGCGCUGCACACCACCAAGGGCCUUCCCGCGCACCUCAUGCCGGCCCUCAAGCGCGCCUGCGACCUCGCCGCGCCGCGCUUCGGCGCGCUCCUCGACGAGCUCUGCCCGGACAUUGUCGUCUACGACUUCCUCCAGCCGUGGGCGCCGCUCGAGGCCGCGGCGCGCGGCGUGCCUGCCGUCCACUUCAGCACCUUCAGCGCCGUCGCCAAGGCAUUCGUCGUCCACUGCUUCAAGAAUGAACGGACCCCCAGCGCCUUCCCGUUCGAGACCAUCAGCCUCGGCGGCGCCGAGGAGGACGCCAAAUACGCGGCGCAGCUCGUCUCCCGCGACGACGGCACAGCCGAGAUCCCCGAGCGCGACCGCCUGCCGCUCAGCCUGGAGCGCUCCUCCGGGUUCGUGGCCAUCAAGACGUGCGCUGACAUCGAGCGCAAGUACGUGGACUACCUGUCCCAGCUCGUGGGCAAGGAGGUCGUGCCCACCGGCCCGUUGCUCGUGGACUCCGGUGGCUCCGACGGGAAGCGCGACGGCGGCCGCAUCAUGAAGUGGCUCGACGGCAAGGAGCCGGGCUCCGUGGUGCUCGUCUCCUUCGGCAGCGAGUACUUCAUGUCAGACCGGCAGAUGGCGCAGAUGGCGCGCGGGCUGGAGCUCAGCAGGGUGCCCUACCUGUGGGUGGUGCGGUUCCCGAACUCGGAGGACGACGCCCGCGGCGCCGCGAGGUCCAUGCCGCGGGGGUUCAAGCCGGCGCGCGGGCUGGUGGUGGAAGGGUGGGCGCCGCAGUGGCGCAUCCUGUCGCACCCUUCCUGCGGCGCGUUCCUGACCCACUGUGGGUGGAGCUCGGUGCUGGAGUCCAUGGCGGCGGGGGUGCCGAUGGUGGCGCUGCCGCUGCACAUCGACCAGCCUCUGAACGCCAACCUCGCGGUGGAGCUGGGCGCGGCGGCCACGCGCGUGAAGCAGGAGCGGCUCGGGGAGUUCAAGGCGGAGGACGUCGCGCGGGCGGUGCGCUCGGCUGUCAACGGGAGAGAAUGGGUGGCGGCGAGGCGCCGUGCGAGGGAGCUGCGUGAGGUGGUGGCGCGGAACGACAGCGACGACCGGCAGAUCGCGACGCUGCUGCAGAGGAUGGCGCGGCUCUGCGGCAAGGGCCAGGCCGUGCCAAAUUAGUGGGCUUUUUUUGGUCUGAACGUUCUUUUGCUUUUUUUUAACGGUUUUAGUCGAGAAUAAAUAAGAGUCGGGCGCAGUGGCUGCCACAGCCCACCUGUACUCGUUUUUUUAGGCAAACAGCCCAUCUGUACAUGCCGCUCGGGCGACUAGUUUCGGCCUUUCCAGGUUGGACUAAUUUCGGCCUUUUCAGUUUCCUUCAAUAAAAAACCGGCCUUUUCGGAGAA